AGCCAAGACUGGUGUGAAGCAGAAGGAAAUGCCUCCCAGUAAACACCAUGAACAUACAGGAAACAACCAGGACAUUACUUAUACGGAGAUGAAGAUGACUAAGUUUUCACAGAAGCAAAGCAUACCUAAAGCCAAGCAGAGCCCUGUAAUGCUAAGCGAAGACCAGUUAAACUAUGCAGCACUGAUAUUCCACAGAACGCCUCAGCCCCUGCCCCCAAAGCGGGUUGUCAGAGGGAAGAGACAAGGUCCCAGAAGAACAGUGUGGAGGAUGGUAGCAGGCACCCUUGGAGCCUUGUGUGUGGUGCUGAUGACGGCCGUGGGGAUCUUAUUUCCAAAAUUAUUUUCUAACCAAGAAGAACAAAGCAGAAAAUGCUCGCUUCAGGCUCACCUGUGUCCUAAGGAGGAUAAUGGCAUCUGUGAUCUUUGUUCACAAAACUGGACUGCCUUUGGAAACAGUUUCUAUCAUGUUUUUCGUGAAAUCAAAACCUGGGAGGACAGUCAAUCUUCCUGUAAGGAGCUGAGGUCUCAUGUUGUGAAGAUAGACUCCAAAGCAGAGCUGGAAAACCUGCUAGUGUUUCAAAUCCAUGGGUGGAUUCUUCUCAAAACAAAUGAAACUGUUGGGUUCUCGUCAUGGAUUAAUGACAUUAAAACAGAGCAAAAUCCAAUUAAUGAUUCAGAGAAGAAGAAUCAUAAUUGUCUUUAUGUAAGUAAAAAUCAAUUUUAUCCUGAAGACUGUUCAUCUAAGAAACCAUACAUCUGUGAGUUCAAUAUACUGUGACACCUAUUUCACUACCACAAUUUUUAUUAAACUACAAAUAAAAAACAUGUCUGGUAUUU